AUGAAGACCUUCUACACCUUGGCUGCUCUCAUCAUGGCCUCUAUGAUCUCUGCUACCCCUGUUGCCCAGCCGGUAGAAAAUAUCCCCGCCAAAGAUGCUGUUGCUCCUGCUCGACACUGGUUCUACGCUGUUCCAGCAGCUGAAGAUGAGGGGUCUGAUUAA